UCAAGGUUGGAAGGACACGCCCUUAACUUUGGCAGCGGUGCAGUAGGUGCACGUGCUGGGCUCCUCAGUCUGUGCGUGGAGAGCAAACGACAGCCAUUAAGGGUGGGAACUUAUAUUACUGGAGCUUCCUUUCCGUCUUUUCCUCUCUGUUGGUGCAUCCACCGUCGAUUCCAGCUUGCUGUAUUUUGCUCCCCCUCCCACCCCUCGUGGUCCGGAGACUGGGGAAUCCACCUGCCGGAGAGCAGACACACCUCGGGAUGGAUGCCCUCAAAUCCGCCGGCAGAGCGAUUAUCAAGAGCCCCGGAGUCCCGCGGCACACAUGGGGAACUUCAAAGCACGAAAAGCUGCCAGAGAACUGGACAGACACGAAGGAGACCCUGCUGGAGGGGAUGGUGUUCAACGUGAAGUACCUGGGUAUGACUCUGGUGGGCCAGCCUAAAGGAGAGGAUAUGGCCUCAGCUGCUAUUCGCAGAAUUGUUGCCACGGCCAGAGCCAGUUCUAAAAAGUUUCGGAAAGUGACUUUGACGGUCUCACCGAAAGGCAUCAUCAUCACAGACUCGGAGACGACAGACCUCGUAGAAAAUGUCUCCAUAUACAGAAUCUCUUACUGCACAGCAGAUAAAACUCAGGAUAAGGUCUUCGCCUACGUCUCCCAGAGUCAGUUCAACGAGACCCUGGAGUGCCAUGCGUUCCUCUGCCAGAAGAAGAAGAUCGCCCAGGCUGUGACAUUAACUGUAGCUCAGGCAUUUAAAGUAGCCCUCGAUCUGUGGGAGAUUGCUCAGGAAGACAAAAGUAAGAAGGCUCGGACCUGCUGUUCCUGUGCUACAAACAACGGGCAGACGGAGGCGACCGACACUCAGUGUGUUCCAGGAGAUCCAGAAACACAUAAGCCUGUCAGGAUGGAGGAGAAGCUGCGGAGGCCCUUCUUCUCCGCCUCACUCAGCUCGCCCUCACCUCGAAGUAACCCGACACGAAGGAGACCAAUCAAACACGACUCCUGGGACGUGGAUGAUGGACUGGAUGAUGCCUUCUCAAGCAACAUGGAGGUAGAAGAGAUGGACACCGACUGGCCGAGUCCUGCGCCGAACCCGUCUCUGACAAUGCAGCUAUGAGCCCCUCAGGAGCUCUCCAAUCACAGUCCUUUGUACAUCCACAGCAAAGAGUUGGAAUAACAGAAGCCAGCAAUGACUGCCCAACUUCCAGCACCACUGAAAUGAGACAGAAAUCUAGCACAGGUCCCAAGAUCAACAGAAUAAACCUGAAAAAAAACAAAAAACUGAAAAAACAUUCAACACUUGAACAGAGAGGAAAAACACAUCACACUCCCCUGUGCACAAACCUGAACCAGAGAUGCUGUUUGAUAUUCUGUGGCUGCUGCAGAGAAGCCUGAAUGGAAACCCUGAUAUUAUAAACCGCUUUCUCUGUGAAUGCCUUCUUGUCAACACGCACACUCUCCAUUCAGUUUAAACGGCCGUCUCCUGCCAUUUUCACAUCCCCAACAACUGCCAGAUGAAAGAUGAUGAAUCAUGUGUGACAGCAACACUCCAAGACAAGAAAAAAUACAUAUUUCAACUCAGAUGUAAAGACCAGGAUGGAUGCCAACUUUAGAAUACCCAUCUUUAAUCCAAAUGUGUACAGAAAUUGUCCUGAUUGUGAGUUUCUGUACAUCAGGAUAUCAAUUUGUGUGUAAAUAAGUCUGUCAUCUCAUUCUGAAAUCAUAAGAGUUGUCUAAUUUUGUUGUUUGAUGGUGAAAUAGCUGCCAUCCAGUCACUGGAGAGUCCAGUCUUUAAAAUCAUCUGGAAAUUGGUACCAUUUAUCAACCAUGGUGUUUACUUUGUUGUGCUGAUUUAACUGUCGAAAAGGAAUGUGAUAUGGUGAUAAGAAAUGAAGGCCUACAGUCAUAUUGCA